CUGCGAGGUCGUGAAACAAACAAUUAAGACAUUGGCAAUGGAGGAGCAGGUCAACGUUCCGCAAAUAUUUGCAACAGAUCCGAAGCUGUUUCGCUUUUUAACCAAAGUGAUUCACGAUCAAGGACUGACACCAGGGGUGGAGUGGAAAGUGUGCGAAGGAUCGAGUCGCGGAGACAAUUUUAUCGCCGUCAUUAAGCAGGUGGUGCACGUGGCCGAGGGAGGCACGGCUCUCAACCUGCUCGUCAAAAGCGCCCCGAGGAAUGCGGCCCGCAGAGACGCAUUCGGCAUCAGGGAGCAGUUCCUCAACGAAAUAGACGUCUACGAGAAAGCGAUUCCCCGGCUGAAAUCGCUCGUCGGCUUUGAUUUGCCGGUGGCGGACUUGUACGGAGCUACCUCGAGCCACGGAGAGGAGACAAUUCUUUUGGCCGAUUUAAAAGAGCUCGGCUUUUGCAUGGCCGACAGACGACAAGGUUUGAGCAAAGAGCAGUGCGCGGCGGUGUUGCGGGCGCUGGCGCAGCUUCACGCCGCCUCCUUCGCUCUGAGGGAGGGCAGCCCCGAGGAAUUCGCGGCGCUGGCAGAGUCGGUGCGCGAAAUGUUUUGGACUCAACCACGCAGACACGCUUUCGAGCCAUUCAUGCGAAACGCCAAUAAAGAGACGCUGCGGCUCAUCAGAGAAUAUUACGGGAGUGCUGAUUGUGAUAAUGAGUACUCGAGAGCUUUUCGACAAAUUUCCGACCUUGGCUACGAUUUUCUGGCAAAUAUUGUCACCAAGGUGCCGGAGAAUAAAAAAGUGCUGCUGCACGGCGACUGCUGGACCAACAAUUUGCUCUUCAAGACGAAUGACGACGGAUUUGUCAGCGCCAAAUUGCUGGAUUUUCAGCUGGCGAGGAUUUCCGCACCGAUGAUUGAUUUAAUUUUCUUCUUGUUCACGAGCACAAAGCCAAAGAAUGUGGGCAAUUACUUGGAAGAAUUUCUGCGAGUCUACUACGAGGAAUUUGAACGGCGGUUAAAAACAGCGGGCUUUACCGCUGCCAAAUUGUAUCCUGAGUCAGAGCUUUUAGCAGAUUGGAUCGCGUGCGUGCCUUACGGACUGGUUGUAGCCGGAAUACUGGCUCCAGCCUUGUACUGUCCAGACGAGUGCUUGCCAAACUUGGAAAGCGUCAAAGAGAACUCAAGAGAGGCUUUUGUCAACGAGUAUGGAAAAGUGAUGCGGGCAAACACGCCCGAGUCAAAGGAGCACUUGGGCCAAUUGGUCAAAUUGUGUGUCGAGCGCGAGUGGUUACGCAUUUUGAAUUAAUAAUUGCACUCACCAA